AUGACCCAGUUCACUCUGCACACCUCCUCAUUAUUUGAUCCAAAGAUCAAACAAUUUUGCAAAAAUGUCUCUGUCACAGUGGACUCAUCUACAGGACUAAUUGUUCAAGUUUUUGAGCGCGAUGAAGAAGAACAGUCAUUUUCGACAAUCAUGAAGCAUGGAGAUAUUGACCUGCGUGGAAAAUACGUUCUUCCUGGCCUAGUCGAUGCCCAUACUCAUGUUUUUCUGCAUUCAUAUGAUGAGACUGGAGCGCUCCAGCAAAAGCGAGAUGAAAGCAUCGUUGAACGGGUGGUGAGAGGCAUCAAUCACUGCCGGGCCGGACUCUUGGCUGGAUAUACGACUUACAGGGAUCUCGGCUCAGAAGGGAUGCAAGAGUUUGAUGCGAACUUGAGGGAUGCUAUUGCUCGGGGGCUAGCUCCUGGGUCUCGUCUGUUUGUUGCCACGAAAGUGAUUGCCAGUACUGGGUCUUUCGAGUGCCGUACGGAAAAUGCCGCUGGAGGACACUGUUUGCCCUCAACUGCGGAUGCGGUAGAUGGGAAAGAAGCAUGUCGUCAGGCGGUCCGACGACGGAUUGCAGCCGGUGCAGAUAUCAUCAAAUGUUUUGCCGACUACAGACGAAGAAUCAUGCGAUCUCCUCCUGCACAGCAGCACCCUUAUAUUCCUAGCGUCCUACAUCCUCCUAGAGAGCCAAACCCGGAUUAUAUGGUUUUCUCUCAAGAGGAGAUGAACAUGAUUGUAUCUGAGGCUGCUUUGGCCCGAUGUCCGGUUUCUGCUCAUUGUUGUACAUUAGAGGGGGCAUUAGCAGCAGUUGAGGCAGGAGUCAACUCCAUUGAGCAUGGAUAUUUCACUACCGAUGAAAUGUUCCAGCAAAUGGUGAAGAAAAAGGUCAUACUAGUUCCCACGCUGGCUGUAGCUGAAAAGCUUCAUUCGAAACGGUUUGAUCAGAUUCUUAGUCAAGUGAAACGUGCUCACGAGCUUGGUGUUCGAAUUGCCUGCGGAGAUGACACAGGUACAUACCCACAUGGAGAGAAUGUUCGGGAGCUAGAGUUAAUGAUCCAGGCUGGCAUUCCUGUGGCUGAUGUUUUGGAAGCAUGUACGAUCGGGGGCUGGGAAACAUGUGGCGGAGACCUUUGUGGUCGUCGCUUUGGAUGGUUUGAAGAAGGUUUACAGGCAGAUAUUAUUGCUCUAGAAGAGAACCCUGAAAGUUCGACGACCGCCUUACGGAAGGUGGACUUUGUUAUGAAGGAUGCUCGGAUUUAUAAGCUUAAUGGAAAGCCUUGUGAGAUGUGUUAG